AUGGCGAACACCUAUAUUGACGAGGUCACAUUCAUGACAGUCCUCUGGGUCUGUCUUACCAUAUCCACCUUCUUUGUCCUCAUCCAGAUCUCCCUCGAAUCUUGCCUGAACCGCCAAUUGAGCAGCGCGGAUGUCUUAGUGCUAGCAGCGUGGCUAUUGUAUCUGGGUAAUGGAAUAGUCUGGUCCGCCACCUACGAGCAAAUGUUUGAAGUGAUUGCUCUAGGUACAAGCACUACCAAUCCGUCGAGUAUCCCCCAAAACAUUGCGUGGAUCGAAAAACGGUACCUUCGGGGGCAGCUCGCAGGUUAUCUAAUCUCCUACUCCAGCUUGUGGCUGAUCAAACUGUCCUUUGUCUUUUUCUUCCGUAAGCUGGGAAACCGGUAUCGCGCGCAGCGGAUCCUCUGGUGGGCGGUUCUGGCAUUUGUCAUCGCCUGCUAUGGAGGGACCUUGGGCGUCCUCGACUAUGCGUGUGAGAUGAGCUCGCUGGAGGAUAGUGUUGAGCUCUGCCAGAGUCCUUAUUCAGUCUGGUAUGAACGAGUGAGUCUGAAGGUCGCGACGACCAUGGACAUCAUAUCGGACGCAGCUAGAGCCGGCAUCUUGAACCCCGCAUGGCUCAUCAUGUGGAACGCUGUUGAGAUCUGUGUCGGUGAGUAA